AAUCCUAUCAUACCGCCAAAACAGCACCAAUUUCCUAUUCCCAUAAACCACCUAUUUGUCGACGCCAGGUUUCAAAAAUCAUGCCAGCAAUGGCUUCGCAAGGCAAAAUUGAUCGGAUCGAACUCGAGAACUUCAAAUCUUACAAAGGUCACCAAGUCAUCGGUCCUUUCUUUGAUUUCACCGCGAUUAUUGGUCCCAACGGUUCUGGAAAGUCUAACCUCAUGGAUGCUAUAAGCUUCGUGCUCGGUGUUCGAACCAGUCAACUCAGAGGCGGGCAGUUGAAGGACUUGAUUUACGCUUUUGACGACCGGGAAAAGGAGCAAGGAGGUCGUAGGGCUUCUGUUAAGUUGGUUUAUCGACUUGAAAACGGUACUGAACUCUUGUUUACUCGUAUUAUUACUGGUGCCGGGGGAAGUGAGUACAUGAUCGAUGAUAGGGUUGUGAAUUGGGAUGAUUAUAAUGCCAGGUUGAAAUCUCUUGGAAUUCUCGUGAAGGCCAGGAAUUUUCUGGUUUUUCAGGGUGAUGUGGAGUCUAUCGCAUCUAAAACUCCUAGAGAACUUACGGUGCUUCUUGAGCAAAUAUGUGGGUCUGAUGAAGAUAAGAGAUUGUAUGAAGAUCUAGAAGAAAAGAAAGGUGCAGCUGAGGAAAAGUCUACACUUGCUUAUCAGAAGAAAAGGACAAUUGUCAUGGAGAGAAAGCAGAAGAAGGAGCACAAGGAAGAGGCCCAGAAACAUAUGCGUCUGCAACAAGAGUUGGUAUGUCAUCCUAGGGAACACUUGUUGUGGCAGUUAUUUAACAUAGAAAACGAUAUUGAGAAGGCCAAUCAGGAGAUUCAAGCUGAAAGUAGUAGACUUGAAGAAGUUGAGAAUGAAUUGGGUGGUUAUGAGAAUGAAUCAUGCAAAAAAGAAAAGGAACAAGCUAAAUAUAGAAAAGAAAUUGAUAAACAAGAAAAGAAGCUUGCAGAGAAGAAAAAUAAAAUUGAUAAAUAUCAACAGGAGCUUCUGAAGCCAAAGGAGGAGAAGUUUCGGUUGAUUGCAAAACUUGAAAACACUGAGAAAGAGCUUGAGAAAAGGAAAGAAGAGAAGAAGAAACACAUGGUUGAAAUACAGAAGCUUCAGAAUGACUUGGAGGACCUUACAAACCAACUCAAUAACUUACAAACAAAAGCUCAAUCUGAAAAAGGGAAGCAGCGACUUCACUUAACUGAUCAUCAGUGGGAGGCCUAUAAUCGCAUCAAAGAGGAAGCUGGUAUGAAGACUAUCAGGUUAAGGGACGAAAAAGAUGUCCAAGAUAGGGAACAACAUGCUGACGUGGAAGCUGAAAAGAAUCUGGAAGAGAAUCUUCAACAGUUAGAGAGUAGGAAACAAGAGCUUGAGUCACAACAGAAACAAAUGCAAAGUAGACUAAAGAAGAUUCAAGAAGCCAUUGACGAACAUAAUGAAGACCUCAAACGACUCAAAAAGGAACAAAAUAACAUCACCAAGAAGCUUGGAGAUUCCAAAGUAAAAUAUGAGAAGUUGAGGGGUGAUAUAAGUGAUUUGGAGAAUAAAUUACGUGAGUUGAAGGCUGAUAAAAAUUCAAAUGAAAGGGAUACAAAGUUGUCAGAAACAGUUGAGGCUCUCAUGCGUUUAUAUCCUGGUGUUCAUGGUCGUAUGACUGACCUUUUCAAGUCAACACAGGAUAAAUAUAACCUUGCUGUUACUGCUGCUAUGGGCAGAUUUAUAGAUGCUGUAGUUGUUGAUAAUGAGGAUACAGGAAAAGAAUGCAUCAAGUAUUUGAAUGACCAAAGGCUUCCUCGAAUGACUUUUAUACCUCUUAACUCAAUCCGAGUUGAGCCAAUUAUUGAGAAGCUGCGUGCCUUAGGUGGAACUGCAAGGCUUAUCAUUGAUGUGAUCCUAAAUGAUCAAGUACUGAAUAAGGCCAUCAUGUUUGCUGUGGGGAAUACUUUAGUCUGUGAUGAUCUUGAUGAAGCUAAGCAUCUGAGUUGGACAGGAGAGAGAUUUAGAGUUGUAACCAUUGAUGGAAUUUUAUUAACAAAGGCUGGCACCAUGACUGUUGGCACAAGUCGUGAAAUGAAUGCAAGGUCACAAAAAAAGAAAAUACAAGAUCUUAAAAAAGAAAAAGAAGGGUUUGAAGCUGAGUUGCAAGAGGUGGGGUCCAUAAGAGAAAUGCAGUUAAAGGAGUCUGAAGCAUCUGUGAAGAUCAAUGGAGUUCAAAAGAAAAUUCAGUAUGCAGAGAUUGAGAAGGAAUAUACAAAGGAAAAACGAUCAAAGUUGAUAUCGGAAUACAAUAAUAUAAAAAGUAAAAUUGGUGAUAUCGAACCUCGUCUUCUUGAGAUAAGAAAUAAGAUUUCCUCAAGACAACACAAGAUUUUAUCACUCGAGAAGAGAAUCAAUGAGAUUGUUGACAAAAUUUACAAAAGAUUCAGCGAGUCUGUUGGGGUGGAAAAUAUCCACGAGUAUGAAAAAAGCCACCAUGAACUGGCUGAUGAAAGGCUUCGUUUGCAUAAUCAGCAGUCCAAAAUCAAAUACCAGCUGGAGUAUGAGAAAAAGCGAGACAUGGGAGAUCGAAUUGCAAAGCUGACAUUAUCAAAGAAUGAAUUCAAAAAAGGUUUGCUUGAGGUUGAUGAGAGAGAGAAAGAAGUUAAAUCGAGUAUAGAGAAAGUGACCAAAGAGUUUGCUACAUUAAAGGAAGAAAUAAAGGAGUGGAAGUCACAAUCAGAGGUGUGUGAGAAGGAGAUGAAACAAUGGAAAAUUAAGAUCUCUAUUUCUACAACCAAUAUAACAAAACUUCAAAACAGGAUAGAUGCCAAGGAGACUCUAAUCACGCAAUUAAACUCCAAGAAACAGGAUAUUUUGGACAAGUGUGAGUUAGACCAAAUCACCCUUCCAACUGUGGCUGAUCCCAUGGAAGUGUAUGAUUUCAGUCAACUCGGUGGGUCACAUCAGCAUAACACGACACCUGCUGAAAGGGAGAAGGUGGAAGCAGAGUUUAAACAGAAAAUUGGAAGCAUAAUAUCAGAAAUUGACCAAACGACCCCUAACUUGAAAGCCCUAGAUCAAUACACCGCAUUGCAGGAGAAAGAGAAAACAGCCAUCAAAGAGUUUGAAUUGGCCAGAGAUGAAGCGAAAAAGAUAGCCAAGGAGUUUGAAGCUGUGAGGACCAGAAGGCUUACUCGUUUUAUGGAAGCGUUGGAGCAUAUAUCUGGUAACAUCGACAAAAUCUAUAAGCAAUUGACAAAGAGCAGCAGACAUCCGUUAGGUGGCAGUGCAUAUUUAAACUUGGAAAACGAGGAAGAACCAUUUUUGCAUGGAAUAAAGUACAGUGCUAUGCCACCUACAAAACGUUUCCGUGACAUGGAGCAACUAUCAGGUGGGGAAAAGACGGUUGCAGCCCUUGCUUUACUUUUCUCCAUCCACAGUUACAAGCCAUCGCCAUUCUUUAUACUGGAUGAGGUGGAUGCAGCACUUGACAAUUUGAAUGUUGCUAAGGUUGCUGGAUUCAUUAGAUCAAAAUCGAAUGGCUUACAGAGUAUUGUGAUCUCACUCAAGGAUACCUUUUAUCACAAGGCUGAAGCCAUGGUUGGGGUUUACAAGGAUUUUCAAACAGGCUGCUCAAGAACUUUGACAUUCGACCUCACAAAAUUCGAGGAGUCAUGACAGGUUGGAAGAGAAGUUAAUAGUGAACAUAAAUGUCAAUUUUUUGUUUAAAAAAGAUAGCCCAUGUUUUUUUUUGUUGACAUUGUUCGACCUUUUAGACCACACCACACCCAUUCUUUCCUUGAUUUAAGGAUAUGUGAUUAGAUUUCUUGUUUGACUAGCUGUUGCUUUUAAAUUCUAGUUGUAACUGCUUGUUCUAUAUGUGGAAUGAAAGCAUAAGAAUUAAGACAACAA